AAGAAGAACAAAGACAAGUCCAACAACAACCCCAAAAAUAAAAAUAUAAAAGAAAGAUUGCAAAUAGAUCAAUUCCUCUCAGGAUUCAUUCGUCGCUAUCCAAAGAAGAAGAAAGAAAAGAAACUCUCGUCUUCAUUAUCCAAAUCAUCAUAAUUGAUCUUUCCAGGAAAAUUGAGCUAAAAAUAUGAAAUUAUCCUGAGAAAAUUCUUCAUCCUUGUUUCCUUUUUUUCAUCAAAAGCUUUUUACACGUGUCAAUUACACGCCGUAGAUCCCAGACUCUCUCUCGAAUCAUCAUCAUCUCUCUCUCUCUCUCUCUCUUGCAUCUUAUGCAAAGGUUUGAAGCCGUAGCUUCAGUUUCGGAUUUUGCUUUGACUGGUCAGGUGUAUUUUUCCAAGCAAUUUUUGGGGAUCCACACACAACUAGACAAAGCUGUUACUAGUGCUGCGUAACGGCGCACUUGGGGUAAUUAAUGUGGCCUCUUUGUUUUCUGCUUAACAAGCUUUUGAGAGUUGAAGAGAGGAAUCAGCGGAGGUCACAAGGCCAUGGAGGUCCGACUUCUGCUAACUACUGCCAGUUUGAUGAUCCGUUGGUGGUGAGUCAUGGAAACUAUAGAGAUGCAGGGUUGCCAUCCUCUUCCCACUUGCAGGUCCCCCAUGUUCAUCAGUUAGCUUCUUGGGAUUGUGGUCUCGCUUGUGUUCUCAUGGUUCUCAGAGCAAGUGGCAUUGCAAGUUGCACCCUUGAGGAUUUGGCUGAGAUUUGCUCCACAAAUAGCAUUUGGACUGUAGAUCUCGCAUAUCUACUCCAUAAGUUCUGUGUGGAAUUUUCCUAUUACACAAUUACAUUUGGAGCAAACCCGAAUUAUUCCAUAGAGGAAUUUUACAAGGAGCAGCUCCCUGAAGAUCUGGUGCGUGUGGAUUUGCUCUUCAGGAAAGCACAUGAAUCUGGCAUUAUUAUUCAGUGCAGAUCAGUUAGUAUCCAUGAGAUUUCUUGUUUGCUAUUGUCAGGGAACUAUAUUGCCAUUGCGUUAGUCGACCAGGACAAGCUAAGCAAGUCUUGGUUGGAGGAAAUGGUUGUCGCUGGUCUUCACACUAGCAAUUCCUGCUACACUGGUCACUAUAUCGUGAUAUGUGGCUAUGACCGUGUUAGGGAUGAGUUCGAGAUCAGAGAUCCCGCCAGUUCCAAGAUACAUGAGAGGAUCUCGUCAAAAUGCCUGGAGAAUGCCCGGAAAUCUUUUGGCACAGAUGAAGAUCUUCUCCUGAUAAACUUGGAGAAUAUCAGGAACCAGAACAAAUUUUAGAACAGUUCUCAUCAUCAUCAUCAAAUCAACUCUGUAUCGUAAUGAAACCUCAGUGUUUUUUCCCCCAGAAAGAACAUUAGGUGAAAAGUAAACGUCUACACACAUACGUCUUUACAUAAUGUAUAUGGAUGCUGCCAAAGAAGAAGAAGAAGAUAUAUACAUAUAUGUACAUGGAUGAUGAAUCAACUCAGUAUAGGCUUAGCAUUUUAUCAGAUUGUUUAUGUUUUGCGAGCAGUUAUAUAUUUACUUCCUUGUACAAAUUGGUUUCUCGUAAAUUUAUAAGAUUUAAGAUUUGAUUGAUUCAA